AUGGUCAUCGAAGACUCCAAGAGAACCCCAUGGCGUCCAAUGUGCGAGAACAUGGCUGACCUCAUUGAGAGAAAUCUGGAGACGGACGGGUUCCGUUACUGGGGUAUCACCAUGUACCGAACCACCUACAAGAGCGACGCGGACUGGACGAAAUUCCUUGAUCGGUUCAUGGGCAGUGUCCGCACAGAACUGGAAAGCGACGAUGGACUCGACAUGUUGGAUUCCUUUCGGCCUGUUGUGAUGGAAGACGCGCGCCGCUUUGACGGGGCCACGCCUGAUCAAAUACGGGACGCUUUCAAGGAGUGGGCGAGGGUGGCUUGCGAGACGGAGCAAGGGGUGCCAUAUAAACGUGCAGAGUGCGCGUACUCGGCCCGAUAUCGGCUGUGUAUCAUGGUUGACGAGGAGGCGUUACAGUCUGUGCUGGAUAUACCGACCGAGGACUUGGAAGCGUAUAAUACCACUGGAUUUGUCAUUCUGAUCAAUGGGAGGUGGCCCCCAGAGUGGGACCCCGAAGAGUUGGCUGCAGGAGGGGGGCCAGGCGAUGGACACGAGCCAGUGUACGGCUGUACGUUGGAUGAGGUUGGCUGGAUGAAGGUUCGAUAUGGUGAGGCGCAGACUGGAGCCUCCUCACGCAUGACUGAUGAUGGGGAUUGGAGCGUUGAGUAUCGACGGCCACCGGCCAUUGGUUUUCACUUUUGA